AUGUAAUUUAUUUAUUUCUUGAUGUAUAUGACUUGCCAUUCUUUGUAAUCACAAAGGAAGUCAUCUGCAGCUUUGUCUGCAAAAAAUGGCAAUGCCGUCAUUCAGCCUCGACGGCAACGUGCCAGACGACAUCCUGUUCUCCAUCUUUUCCUUCCUGCCCAUACCGGAUCUGGUCCGGUGUGCCAAUGUGUGCAGGCGGUGGUGCAGAAUCGUGUCGGAGUAUUCCCACGUAUGGAAGGGGAAGAGGUACGUCAGCAAUAGAAGUCCGAGGGAAUCCACCGAGGUGUGCGCCGUCUUGUGCAUCGUACCACUGUUGCAAGAACUCGAUGUCAAGGUGACCAAAAUGUUUGAGGUGAAAAUUAUCUACCCACAGUUAUUUUUGUCAGUAACAAACGUCUGUGACCUGAGAGCUGUGCGGGACUGCCAAAGAGUGGGCUGUACGUAUUUAUCGACCGAUCUCAACGUCGCAGAGGUCAUCUUCUCUUCUCAGUCACUUAUCGAUUUUGCGGCACUCCGGAAGCUGCAGAUCAUCGGAGGAAAUCCGACGCUGACACCCUUCAAGCCGGACACCAGAGCAGAAUGCGCCGUCGGCUCUGCCCUGGAGCUGUGCCCGAAUCUCAGAGAGCUGAACAUAAACGUAGAGGCCCUGUCGGGAGACUACUUGGACUGUUUGGAAGGGGUCAGCCGGUUGCAGACUCUCAGAAUCAACUGCCGCGGCCUGGAGGAACUGACGUUCCUACGGCACUGCUCGGACGCGCUGGAGGAACUGGAAUUGGAAAGUUGUGACGACUUGCCGCCGGCUGCGUACUCGGAACUACGGCAUCUCGGGAACGUGAAGAAGUUGCGACUGUGCGACUGCCGCGCGGAGGCAGAGGCCCUGGAAGUGGCCGCGGAGGGUCUGAGGUCUCUCGUGUCACUGCAGUUGGACCGCUGCAGACUGCUGUCGGACCUGUCCUUCCUGCGGCUCUGCAGCCAGCUGCGGGAGCUCCGCGUCGAGGCUAAGGACGGGCCGCCGACGGGCCUGCAGUGCCUGCCCGCCAGCGUCCGCUCGCUCUGCCUCGUCGACAACGCCGCGACUGCCGACGAUUUGUCCGACGUGCUGCAGCGCCUGUCGCUGCGCGAGGAACUGAAGCUCUGCAAAGUGGAUCUGGCCCACCUGGGCUUCCUGCGCCACUGCCCCCGGUUGCACCGCCUCUACCUCGAGAGCUCGACCUGGCCCGACACGUCGGUGCUGUCGAGCCUGUGCCACCUGACGCGGCUCGAGACGCUGGUCCUGAGGAGGUGCAGGGUCGACGCAGACGUACUCUCCCAGACGGUGUCGUCACUGCCGCAACUGCACACUCUGUCGCUGGCCUACGUGGAGGACGUCACCCACUUAAGGUUCCUCAGGCACUGCCCCCAGCUUCACACCUUGUCGCUUUUCUGCGUCUUCGGGUUGGACUCGAAUGCUUACUGGGAACUGUGCCACCUGAAUAACCUGGAGCAGUUGUGUGUCAGCGUAUUAGUGCGCGACGUUGUCAGUGAUAUCAUCCGACCGUGUCUGCCCCGAGUGAAAAUUUAUUGCUCGGAACAGUUUAUAUAAACUUCUGCUAAACGAGCUUUCCCGAGCUGAGAACAAAUUUUGUGCUGUGGAGCGGUGUGUGUGCCAUUUCCGAUCUUAUUGGCAGAUUAAAACUCUGUGCCGCACUGGGACUCCAAAACUGCACCACACCUUUUGUGAUGAGAGAGUGUACUGACUCGAGUCUCCUGUUAAGACUCACGGCCAGCCCUCACGACUUUCCUUCACCGAAGAUCCCUUGCGUAUCUUGCUGGACCGACGCCUUUGGGAAAAAGGGUAUUGUGGGGAUACCAUUUCUAAAAUGAAUCUCUAUUGCAGAGUAAAAGUUUAACUUUGCAAACUACCACUAGGCUGUGGCUAAGACAUUUCUCAGAAGUAUUGUUUCUUCUAGCAGUGCUUGUCCUGCGAGAUAUGCAGAGGAACUUCCGUGAAGUUUGGACAGUAGGAGCAGAGGACAGCUGUGAGCAGGUCGUGAGUCGUGACCGGAGAACUGACUUGGGAAGAGAGUUGUCCACGACAGGGGAGGUUCUGUGAGCAAGUCCCGGUACAGCACAAAGUCUUAAUCUGCCAAGGACUUUCUCUACAAGUGAUGUCUGAAAGAAUUCUCAUUAAAUAUCUGACCCUCCCCCCCGAUGUAAUCUAUCUCAAUUAUGGAUACU